AUGGCUUCCACUUCCGAUGCCUGGGCCGCCAAGAUGUCUGUAGAAGACUUGGUCAAGGGGGCAAAGGCAACCGCUGAUCUGGCGGGUUUGGAGUUUGCCCUAGACACCUCCUUUCUAUCAAGAGAAGCACUGCUGCAGGCCAUUCAGGCUACAGCAGCACCGAGCCCCCUUCUCGCUGUCAAGAAUGAGCCGGUUAAGGAUACCCAGCAGCUGCCGCCCCUGCUUGCUCAGCCGGUGGCUGCAUCUACUGGCAUCCAGGACACCCAGCUGGAGCAGGACACCUUCGCUGCCGCACCUGAGACCGCCGCCGAGGAUAUCGGGGUCGAUGCAAGUCAGGGCCCCGAUAGCCAGACCACGGAACCCGGCAAAGAGCCCGCCGCAGACACCCGUGCAGACCCUGGCCCAAGCGAGCAACCCACCGUCCGUGCAGCAAACUCAGAGCCCGCCGACACCGGCCCCAGCAAAGAGCCCACCGUCCGUGCAGCAAACUCAGAGCCCGCCGACACCGGCCCCAGCAAAGAGCCCACCGACACCGGCCCAAACAAAGAGCCCGCAGACACCGGCCCCAGCAAAGAGCCCGCAGACACCGGCCCAAGCAAAGAGCCCACAGACACCGGUCCAAGCAAAGAGCCCGCCGACACCGGCCCAAACCAACACUCCAGUGACACCUGUGCAGGCAAAGACUGGCCCGCCGACAAUCGUGCAGGCCCAAACAAGCCCGGUGCAAUCCAGCCCGCCGAAGCAAUCUCCGCCCACGCCAUCAGCAGCAGGCACACCGCCCGGCCAAACAAGAAACCCAAGCAUCCCUGGAGCCUGCACCGACGUUUCGCUGUUGCAGGCAAAGAUCAAGGCCAAGCGAGCCCUGCAGCUACUUCAGCCCAAGCAGCAGCACCAGCACCAGCUGCCGUCGCAGAAGACGAGGAUGAGGAGGAGCCAGAGGAACAGGACGAUCAAAUCGGCAAGGUCAUGGUGACCUCGCCAGACGGCACCAUCGUCUUGACCCAAGAUGCAUUGAGAAUGCGGUUAAAGAGGAUGUGCGAGCAAAAAAAGAAAUCUCACAAGUGUCAUGUCGACAAUGAAACUCACGAGCAGUAUGCCAGUGGAGGGCCACAGCGAGAGUGGCUAGAGAUGGCACUGCUAGAAGCAUUGCAAGAUGUGGGAACGGUUGCACUGGGACGUGGCAAGGCAGCCCACAAGCAAGUUCAGGCAUCCUUCAAGGUCAGGGUGACACAGAUUCGAGAACGCCAGAUGCUCAAGGAGUCCGAGACGAACGGGGAAUGGCUCACGGAGGAAAAAAUGAACAAAUCGGGUGAAUACAGCAAGAAAUGGAAGUACGACAACAGUGUAACGGAGUACUUCGUUGAGAUUUCGACAAAACAGACCAUCAAGCACAGCGAGCUGCUGAAACGCAUCGAGAACAUGGAACAAAAUCCUGGCGACAUGCCGAUGUCCCUGGAUGCACCUGCUAUGGUGGACGAAAGCAAAGCACAGCCGAAGCCAGAGCAGGUGGGAGACAAGACUCUGCCCGACCUUGUGAAGCUGAUGGAUUCCGUGCAUGGCCACAUGGCUUCGAUCGCCAAGCUGCAGAAAACGAUUUCCGAUUCCGAAGAUGGUCCUAAAUUGCCCCCGGCCAAAGCGGAUCUGAUGAAAGACCUGGACCGCAUCGAUAAAUCCUUUCAAGAUGCCUUCAAUGAGCUGGCGAAAGUGAAGGCCGAGCUAAUGAUUUGCGAAUCGGAAACGAUGUGCCUGCAGAAGGUGAUCAGUGCCAAGGACACCAUCAAGAAGCCGUUGGUGCUCCUGGAGCUGAAGAAGAGUCUCAAGCGACCGAGCGAUCACCAGCAAGCGGAGCCCAAGAAAAAUCCACGCAAGAAGAAGUGA